AUGGAGGCAGAGCUGGUGCUUCGAGCUCCCUCGACCGAGCCUGCGACCCCGGCUGCUGCGCCAAGCACCACGGCUGCGCCCGAGGUUGCGGUGCCGGAGGAAGUUGUGCUGCAGUCGCGAGAGCCGUCGGCGCCGGCGCCUGCCCCAUCAGACGAACCAGCCAAGGAUACAGAAAGUGAACCGAUCGAAGAGUCUGCGCAAGUUGAAGAAUCACCUCUUGUUGAGCUCGCUCCUCUGCCCACAGAGUUCAACCCAGAUGCGACACCUCCACCACCGCUCCCACCAAAGGACGAGGAAGACGAACUCGCGUUCGAUCCCCACCCCGACCUAGAGCCUGAACCCGAACCCGAGCAUCAGACCGAGACCAACUACGAGGAUAACCCUGAACUGUACCGCAGUCUGGCUGUUCUCACGCAGUACGACGAUGGGGACGAGCACGCCGGUAUGGAGGUCGACUACGAGCAGCAGCCCGAAGAGGUCCUCGAGCCGCCGGUGGACACGGCGGAGGCUGUCGAAGUCGAGGAGCAGGUCGAGGAGCCUGCGCUUGCGGAGCCGGUUGCCAAUGGGGAUGCCGCCCCCACGGAGGAAACCGGAGACGUCGAAACGGGCGUUAACGGCGAGGCUGACAAUACUGCGAUGGACGUCGAGCCCGAGCAGCCGCCAGAUCAACAAGCAGAGAACGUCGAGUCACCGAUACGCGAGCCGUCAUUGGCACCAACGUCACCAUUGUCCGACAUCCCAGAUCUGCCGCAGGAGAUCGACUUCUCGGAGCAGAAGCAAAAGGAGCCGACACCGCCACCUGUCAAGCGGAAACCGUCACGAGCGGGUUCCGAGGUGGAGGAAGGCAGCGCACCCAAGAAGGCGAAGAAGGAGCCGGAAGAGCUGGGUCCGAACGUCAGGCCAGCCAGAGCUGCUCGAUCACGGAAGCGUCUGGACGCUCAGCUUAACAUCAUCCGGGAUAUGGCCCCGCCACCAGAGAAGGUGGCACCUCGGCAAGUCGAAGGACAUUCAGCAAACACCAUGCCUCCGCCAGCGCUAUGGCGUCUGGGGCAAGUGCGUGCAGUGUGUUGCCAAGUUGGGAGGCGACUCGUGUCGAUUCCGCCUGACAAGAGUCUUCGAACUGGCAAGAUUCUGAGACCAGGGCACUUCGAGGACAUCGAGUACCCAGACCCAGUCAAGCCUAUGCCCACCAAUUUCAACACCAGGCUCACCGAGGAGCACAUGAAGAGGACAGAGGAGUUGAGGCAUAUUGUGAAGAACAAAGCCAUCUAUCGAGGGACAGACGCAUCCGAGCACCGAGCGCUCUGUGACUUCUGCGCGUCAACCAUCUUCGGUGGCUACUUCUUCUGCCGCAAGUGUGGACGUGACUACUGCCUCCAGUGCGAGCGGUACAUGAGCGACACGACCGACAACCUGCUCACUUCGCCCUGGCCGUUGCCAGAUGCCGCCAAACCACGACUACACAAGUGUAGCCGCGGAGGCGACGACACACUGCCAUUGGAGCUCCCGGCUCCAGGGCGACGAGUUUCGAAGGCCAACUUCCAGCAUGCCCGCUGUGACCUGCAGCCCGCCUCGCGUUUCCGUGGUGAUGAGCUGAAGGAGCAGUGGAAGGCACUGAUGGACUUUGUUCUCGAACCCGGAGCCGACGUGGAGGAGACCAUCAAAGCACUGACGUUAGGCGGCGACGAGGAGUUGGAGAAGGCAGUCCGUGACUGGUUCGAGAAUCAGCCGCCACCAGAACCGAAAGUGACUCACGUUACGGACGAGCAGCUUGCCGAGCUGUACGAGGCGUCCAAGUCUGCUCCGUCACAAAAGGACCCUGCUGGCCUGGAGACGCACCCGUUCAUGUACAUCGACGCCGACAAGUUAGACAACGAUACUUUCGACGACCUCUGGGCGCGCGGGGAGCCAAUAGUUGCAUAUGGCACCCGACGACGGUUCCGAGGCUCAUGGACGCCGGAUAUGUUCAUCGACCGCUACGGCCAGGAUGGUUGCUGUGAGUCUCUGGGUGGUCCCUGCCAACUGACGCCAGGGGUACUUGACUGCCAGGACGAGCAGUUCUAUGGAGCCACGAUCCGAUCAUUCUUCACCCUUUUCAAGGUCGUCGGUGGUGAGGAGACUGUGCCGACGCAGUUCGAGACCAUGGAGCUGGACGAGGACGAAGAAGACGAGGGAGGGCAGCUGCGGCCAAGGAAGGGCGAUCCUGUGAAGCCUCCUGACAAUGUGCGGGACUUCCUCAUUCAGUUCUUGGCGGAUCAGCGGGCCGAGCGAGAGGCUGCUGAGUCUCAGAUGUCGUCAGAAGCGACUGCUGAUGCGCCGACGAAGGACAUGGCUCCUACACCACCCUCUGAGUCAGGAGAGAGGGCCGAGAAUGGUGUUGCUGUCGACAGCAACGAAGCGGAGAAGAGCGAUGCCCCCAAUGGCGAAGCACCGAAAGGUACACCUCCUGAGCCAGAAGCCGCGAGCGCCGAACCCCAUAUCAAUGGGAAGGACAAGCCAGCUGGCGAGAGGGAGCGCUCGAAGUCGCCGGAAGCCGCUCGAUCUCCGACUAAGGACCCGAAGGCUCUCUCUGAGCAAACGUCGACCGAGGAGCCUUCUCAGCCCGAGAAGAAGGCGCGCAAGAGGAAGGCAAAGCCGGUCAAGAUCCUCAAGCUAAAGGACUGGCCCAUCGAAGGCGACUUUGAGACCAACUACCCUGACAUGUACCACGACUUCUCCAACGCCCUUCCCGUUCCGGACUAUACGCGCCGCAACGGCGUCCUGAACCUGUAUUCCCAUAUGUAUAACGCUUUCGCUGCCCGCGAAGACAAGGGGGGCAUGGGCUCAACGCGACUCCACAUGGACGUCGCCGACGCCAUCAACAUCCUCUUACACGCCUCACCGGGCCCGGACGGCAAACCAGGGUGUGCGGUGUGGGACCUGUUCCGCGCCGAGGACGCGGACAAAAUUCGCCAGUUCCUGAUGGAGAAGUUCGACAAGAUGCAAUACAAGUAUCAAGACCCGAUCCAUGCGCAGAUGUUCUACCUCGACUCUGCUCUCCGGACGGAGCUGUUCGAGAAGUACGGCGUCAAGUCGUUCCGCGUGUACCAGUACCCCGGCGACGCCGUCUUCAUCCCGGCUGGAUGUGCGCACCAAGUUUGCAACCUCGCCAACUGCAUUAAGAUUGCCCUCGACUUUGUUUCACCGCACUUCCGCCAGGAGAACUUUGUGCGGGCGUGGAAGGACGACGUUCUUCAGCUCUACAAUGUCCUGUGGUAUGCGUGGACGAACGUGCGGGAAACGCGCCAGAGACGCAAGGAUGAGGCUGCGGCCCUGAGGGCGAGGGAAGCUGAGCGCACGGCCCAGUAUGCACGCUGGGAGAGCGGCAACGUGACGCCCCGUUUCGGUGCGGCCACGAGCUCUGUGCGCGACGAGACGCCGACGUCGACCAAGUCACCGAGCAAGGAGCCGGAACCGGCCCCGACUGGCCCAACGCGUGGAGAGCUGAAGCAGGCUCUCGUUGACCGCCUCAUGGACGCUGCGAUUGAGCGCGAGCCGAUGCCAGUGCCGGCCGAAGAGGAGAAGAAGCGUGCGCCUACGCCUCCUCCUGCGCCUCAGCGAGCGCGAAUCUCGCAAGCUGUCGCUGGCAACGACCUCAUGAUGGGUCUGGCGAUGAAGGUGAUCCAGAGCGACAUGGGCAAGGGGAUGGGGGACAUGGACGAGUGA